AUGCUCCCUCGCGCCUCUAUCUCGCGCUUACCAUGCAUAAACGUCCGCACAAGAGCUAGAAUUCUUGUCUACUACGGUCUCCGAGCUACCUCCUCGACGUCGGGCUCGAGCACGUCCCCUGACGCGGAUGGAACCUCGUCUCCAGCGCCGGCCCGUGCCAGUGACAAGCUUUUCGCCGAUGCUGCGCGUGAAGAGGCUGAACUCGUUUCGAACCCUCCUCGCCCGCCCAAACUACCUCUGGAGGUGAUCAACGGCGGCCACCCGAACUGGACCGGCGAGGAGAGCAUGGAAGAUGCGGUCCUGAGGAUGCUCAUGGACAAGUACAAGCCGAUGCGCACGGGGAACAUCAGGAGCGCCGAGGAUAAAAUACGGGCUGAGCCUCCGAAGGUCGCAGGGAGGGCUACAGAAGAGGAAGAGGUAGAGUUAAGCAUGGAGGAGACCAUCGCUUUGGCCAAGGCAGGGAACAGCGCCGCUGAAGCAGGAGGGUCGGUCGUACAACAGAUGAUCGAGAAGGUCGAGGGUCUAGAUACGGUACCGCGAGUGCAGGAGAAACUCUCGCCAGCUGAGAUGGCGAAUGUACCUCUGCUACAGCCCGUUGAAGGCCAUCGACCCUGGAUGACUACUUACAAGGCCCCUUCGCAUGUCGCAUCAGUCCGUGUUGGCCACUUCCCAUCUCUUCGCACAAGCCCGACAAAAUCCAUCGCGCCGGGAGACGAGAAAGCCCUAAAGAAAGCGCGAGAAUUGAAGAAACGCACGCAGGUCGUCACGCGCUUGACCGAUGCUCGAGAAAGAACGUUGGACUACCGACUCGGUAUGCGCCAUCCCGGAGGAGGCGCCGGCGGUGGUCGAGCGAACCCGAGCUCACUGAAAGGCUGGGCGAGCCUAGUCGAGGAGAAGAUCGAGAGUGCGCGCCAAGCAGGUCACUUCAACAAAAUAUCCGGGCGAGGCAAGCCGAUCAAAAGGCAUGACGACGAAGGCAACCCGUUUAUUGCUCGCGAAGAGUUCCUCAUGAACCGGAUCGUACAGCGGAAUGGAGCAGCCCCUCCAUGGGUGGAGUUGCAACAUGAGCUGGAAUCUACCCUCGACUCUUUCCGUGAGAUCCUCCUCCAAUCUUGGACGAGGCGUGCUGUUCGCAAUAUCACUGCCAGCACCCCUCCUGCAUUUCUUCCCUCCACGCUCCGCAAGCUGGCUUCUUCCCCGAAUCUCUCCGCCGCGACUUCUCUACGCGAUAGCUCCUGGGAGCAACAGGAGAAGUCGUAUCACGAUGCCGCGAUCAAGGAGAUAAACGAUGCCGUCAGGCGGUACAAUGGCAUUGCUCCCUAUGCAGUGAGGAGAGCAUACCACGACAGAGAACAAGAACUACGGAGAUGUUAUGAACGAUGCGGCGAGGCGAUCGUGAGGGAGUUGGAGGAGAGAAUCAAGGUCCUUGGGAAGGAAAGCAAGCGGGUCGGAUGGACUGAGGACGCGGGCUUGGGGCAGAAUGGUGGACCGCAGGUUGAGGUGAUUCGGAUUAGGGAUGUGCUCCGGGGCUGGGUGCAAAACCUCGCGCGACGCUUCGGAGCAAGGAGUGCUCGGGAGUGAGAGGCCGUUUCGUCGCACCUCGGACGCGGACGCGGACGCGAACACUCCAUCCACUCUGACCCCGCAUCAUUCGACGCGGUUGCUUCUGACAGUCCAGAACGAAUGCAUCAAACCAUGCAAGACCACGCAUCCGCGCCAGAAGAGGAUACCCUUACGGAGCUGGUCACUUGACCACAUACGAUUGAAGCACAUCCCUUCCCUCCCUGUUUAUUCUUGGUGAAUGCUGUGGACGACUGCUUGCGCGAUCAAGCGAGGCAUGCAGAUCAUCUGGACGUGGUUCAUUCUGCACGGACUUGGUGUCAUUGCACCGGAACGGCCAGCCAUGUGGUUAUCGCGAGGAGAUGAGUCGAAGGCAUGAGCGCUGGCAAGAGUGUUCACAACCCAUACAGCGCCCCGCACGUUUAUGUUACGUAUCAUAUUGCGUUGUACUUUGUCGAGACAUGCAGACGCACAAUGGUAACCACGCC